UUUUGUGAUAAGCGAUAACAUUAUUGAAAGAGUAUCAUCUUUCCUCUGCGGUCUCAGUUUUUCUUUUUCCUGUGAUCAUCGUCACUACCGACCUUUCGUUUUCCUACUUUUGUUUGUUUGCAAAUUUUAAAUUAUUCCUCCAUUUUACGAUCCCUGCAAAACAUGGAUUCACACGAAUUACACAUUCCCUUCCGCGAUGACUCAGUUCUGCGUCGCGGAUCACCGAUUCCACCGAAUUUCCUGCGCAGUCCCUCAACGAAGCCGCGUUCCCGUGCGAAUAGUACGUUUUCCCAGGAAUCAGAUGAUCAGAGUGUGUCGACAUUGAAGCCGGAUGGUGGGUGGGGCUGGAUGGUGGUGUUUGCAUCCUUUGUCAUACAGAUCAUUGCCGACGGGGUGGCCAAUGCCCAUGGUAUUAUUUUCGUGGAGUUGUUGGAAGUGUAUGGUGAGAGUAAAGGGAAGACGGCCUGGGUGGGCUCGGUGUUCAGUGGAAUACCGUUGAUUUCGGGUCCCAUCGCGUCUGCUUUGGCAGAACAAUACGGUUGUCGUCCAAUCACCAUUCUAGGUGGUUUGUUAGCGGCGCUUGGUUUUGGUUUAAGCGUGUUCGCUACAUCGGUCAACACGCUAUGCAUCACCUUGGGGCUAGUGUCUGGAUUUGGUUUAUCACUGGUUUAUGUUACGUCCAUGUUUAUCUUGGUGCGAUGGUUCGACAACAAACUGUCCUUUACAAUGGGCAUCGCAUCCGCGGGAAGUGGUAUCGGCAUGUUCAUCUUCGCUCCGUUCGUCACCUUUUUGCUGGAAAAAUACGAACUGAGUGGGACGUUGCUGUUACUGUCCGGUGUUUUUCUAAAUAUCAUCGUUUUCGGAGCGGUGAUGCGCGAACCGGAAGACAUGGGACUGGUCACACGCUCCUGCAACGUAUCGGAUUCCGAUGCAACGGAAUCUGAAGGAGAAAGUUCGACCUUGUCCGCGGAUGACCUGCAUAAUAUGCGGCGAUGCGUCUCGUUAAUUGAAAUUCCGACGUUCUAUCGACAGGAACAUCCGGAGAAUCCGUAUUUAGCCGUGGCUGGUAGCAUCGAUAAUGUUUAUACCCCAGUCAAGCCUCCGGUGCCCGUUGCUACGGUUCCGUCGGCUCUGAAAAACACAGCAAGCCCCAGCUUUCAUCCCUUGCUCCCCGUGGAGAAGAAGAAAAAGGUGCGAUUUGAAAAACCUCCGCCCAUACAGCGCCGAAUCAUCGAUCGACGCAGGAGUUAUCUGUUUGGUCAACAUCACGUGGUGAAUUGGAAACGGUAUGGAUUUCACGUUCCGCUGAAGUUGGCCGCCAUGGAAUCGCUGUCCUGUCCCGAUUUAACUUCGGAAGUCGAUCUGUCACAGGAGGAGGAAGACGAAGUCGAUGCCAGUCGCCUACACCGCAUCAUCAAACCUUUACGAAGAGAACUGCGACAAAUUCGUCGUCUCUUAUUCAACGUGAAGCCUCUGCAUAGUCCGAAGUUUGUUCUGUUUUGCCUGGCGAAUCUCAUUCUGUAUCUCGUUGUCGAUAUUCCCUGUGAUUAUGCCACGGAUAACGCGGUGACGCAUGGGAUUGAUUUCCAGAAGGCCUCCUUCUUAUUGUCCAUUAUCGGGAUCGUAACGACGAUUGGGCAGCCGAUUUAUGGGUAUUUAGGCGAUCGGACGUGGUGUGAUGCGCUGGUUCUGUUUGCUGUAUCGAUAUUUUUAUGUGGGGUGGCUACGAUCUUUGUGCCGUUCUUCCUGACGUACGAAGCACUGGCGGGUUAUAGUGGAAUGUUUGGAUUGUUUAUCAGCGGCAGUAAUCCACUGUUUGCCGUCAUUCUCGUGGAUAUUAUCGAUGAAAAGUAUUUCAGUAGUGCGUUUGGACUGCUGUACUUUGCGCAAGGCAUUGCCACGCUGUUUGGACCUCCUCUUGCAGGCUUCCUGUACGAUCUAACGGGCGAUUACGACCUAACCUUCUACGCGGCCGGUGCCGGUAUGAUCUUGGCAUCCAUCAUGCUGCUCCUGUUUCCAAUCGUCAAAAAGAUCACGCGCCGUCGUCGCACUGGCCUGGUGAUUGGACAGAAUCGCGCACCGGAUGUAGAGGCCGUGGGAAAUGGUCACGUUGCGCAGAAAGAAGAGAGCGACACCGAAGAGGAUAACAUCUCCAAUGGACAUGUUGCGGAUGGUCAUCCGCGCAUCUACACCGGGCCCAUUGCACCGCAUCACUUGCAGCAACAUAAACGCGUCAAAGUGGGGAAACAUUUGCUCCCGGAAGGGGAAACGGCACCGGUACAUGUCGGCACGCACCUGCUGCCUCCGUUGGAAGAAGAUGAAGUGGAGAUGGAUUGAACUAUGGGCAGUUAAUAUUUUGUCUGAUCGUUUUUAGCUCUUUCUCAUUGAUGCUUUCUUAUGUCCGGCCGCACUAAGAGUCAGAUUUAGUCUUAUGUUUUAGCGGGAACGGUGAAAUCGCGGUGGGUAGUCUUUUUUGCGCAGUCGGUGUGUUGAAUUUGUUGUUACAGGGGGAAUAUAUGUGAUUUACUGGUUCCUUUUGUUUUAAUUUUGAUAGUAUGUGACCGUUUAGUUGCGAGAAUUCCGUUGAAGUCCAUAAACAAAAUUUCUGACGUG